UGCUACGAGGUAUUCUUGAGUUUUAGAGGUCCAGAUACUCGAAAAGGCUUCACCGAUCACCUCUACAAUGGGCUCCUUGAUGCUGGAGUUGAUGCUUUCAGAGACGAUGACGAGCUCUGCCAAGGUGAGAAUAUCGGACCAGAGCUUAUGGCAGCCAUCACGAACAGUAAGAUCCUGAUCCCUAUUCUCUCCGUGACUUAUGGUACAAGCAGUUGGUGUCUUGAUGAACUGGUUCAAAUAAUAGAGCGCAAGAAAAAUAAAGGGCAAAUAGUGUUGCCUAUAUUCUAUAAAGUGAAACCAUCUGACGUGGGACAUCAAAUUGGAAGUUUUGGAGAUGCAUUUCAUAAGCGUGAGACGCGUUUGCUUGAGAGGCAUUUCGACCCAACGAUUUUAGAGAAAUGGAAGCAAGCACUCCUUGAAGUCAGCACCUUGAAAGGAUACAAUGCCAAUGGAUAUGAAGCAAAGUUGGUGAAAGAGAUUGUCCAAAAAGUGUUGAGUGAACUGAAGAAAAAGUUUGAGUUGGUUACUUCCGAGAGUUUGGUCGGAAUUGAUAGUCAUGUGAAGACGGUUAUGGAAUUUGUGGAUAGUAAAUCUCACACCACCCUAUUUGUUGGCAUCCACGGAAUGGGAGGCAUUGGUAAGACUACUCUUGCUAAAACCAUCUACAACAAGCUCUCCAAUCAAUUUGAGCACCGUAGCUUCAUUGCUAAUAUAAGGGAAUCAUGGAAGCAUAAUGGUGUAUGUUACUUACAAAAUCAGUUAAUCUAUAAUAUAUUGAAGCGAAAAAAUGAAGUUCAUAAUGAGGAUGAAGGGACUAAGUUCAUCUCCUCCAAGUUUAAAGGUAAAAAGGUCCUCAUUCUUCUUGAUGAUGUGGAUAAUGUCAUUCAGUUGAAGCAUUUGACUGGUAAUCAUGAUUGGUUUUCUUCUGGAAGUAGGAUCAUUAUUACGACUAGAAACAAGAGUAUUCUUGAAGAAGUUGGGGUGGACUACGCCUAUGACCAUAAGGAAAUGGAUAGAGAUCAAUCUUUGAUUCUGUUCAGCAAGCACGCAUUUCGAAAGGACUCUCCUCUAAAGGAAUUUAAGGACCUCACUCAGGAAGUUGUAUCCAUCACUAGAGGACUUCCCUUAUCCCUUGAGGUUUUAGGUUCAUUGUUGUGUGGAAAAACGCUAGCAUUCUGGAGAGAUACAAUAGACAAGUUAAAAAAAGUGCCUCCUAAGGAAGUGCAAGAAAGGUUAAGGCUAAGUUAUGAAGCAUUAGACUACGAACAGAAACAAAUAUUUUUGGAUAUCGCUUGCUUUUUCAUUGGCACUGACAAGAGAAUCGCAUCCUACAUGUGGGACGCGUGUUGCUUUUUCCCUGAGGAGGGAAUUGAGGUAUUGAAAUUCAUGUCAUUAGUAACAAUUGGAGAUGAUCAUGAGCUCCGAAUGCUUGAACAAUUGAGAGAUCUUGGUAGGGAAAUAGUUCGCGAGGAAAACCGGCGGGAGCCUCAGAACCGGAGCAGGUUAUGGGACUCCGAGGAAGUCCAUAAAGUGUUAAAGGAAAAUAAGGGAACAGAAAAGAUUGAGGCAAUUCUUCUGAGUGAAGGUAGCGCAGAAGGCUCCGGUAAAACAGUCGAGCGAGAUGGCGACAUUUACACAGAAAAACAAUUCAAGAAUUUGACCAAUCUAAGAUUCCUUCACGUGGAGGGGGCACAUCUCAGUGGAGAUUUUAAGGACUCAAUUGAGGGGUUAAAAUGGCUUCGAUGGCAAAAAUGUCCCAUGAAUUUUGAAGUAAACAAUUUUCAUGUAAAGGAACUAGUUGUACUCGAAUUGUCACAGAGCAUGAUAAAUGAGAAAUGGGAAGGAUGGAGUUCCUUCAUGAUGGCAAAGAAGCUCAAAUUUCUCGACCUCACAUCUUGUGAAUCCUUGGAAAAUACACACUUCCUCUCAGCUUUUAUAAAUUUAGAGGUUUUGAUCCUUAGUCAUUGUUAUAGCCUGCGGCAAAUUGACUCUUCAAUUGGAGACAUGAAGGCCCUCCUUUGCUUAAAUUUGUGCUGGUGUAGGAGCCUCAAGGAGCUUCCAACAGAAAUAGGUACAUUAGAAGCACUGGAGCAACUCCUUCUACUAGAAACUCCAACCCUUUCUACAUUACCAGACAGCAUAGGAUCUUUGCAGAAUCUAGAGAUUCUAAAUAUUUCUCGCAGCGGUAUAAAAGAAUUACCCAACGGUAUGGGGAGGCUAAGAAAGCUCCGAGAGUUCGAUGCUUCAUUUUGCAGCAAGCUGAAAGGGGAAAUGCCGAAAAGCAUGUGUAAUCUGUCUUCCCUACAACGCCUUGAUGUUCUUGGCUGCACCGAGCUCCAGUCGCUGCCGGACCACCUUCCUUCCAGCUUAACAUAUUUGGGCAUCACCUGUCAAAGCCACAAAUUGCCUUCACUUUCCCACUUAAUCCAUCUCAAAGAACUACAAGUUCAUGGAUACAAAUUUCUCGAGUGCAUCCAGGAGCUUCCAUCAACACUCUUAAAGAAUUCAGAAUGCUCCCAACUCAAAAACGUUAAAGAAUCAAAAUUACCACAAUCCCUAAACAGUCCCAUCAAGUUGGAAAUCUUGGAAGUCCAUCACUGUGAAUCUAUUGAAACUCUGGAAGUUUCACAGUCUAUCCAUCUAAAGACAUUAUCCGUCGAAUAUUGCAAGAAUCUACUUGAAGUUCGAGGUCUUGACAAAUCGAUAUAUUUAGAAAGCUUGACUAUUGCAUGCUGCAAUUCAAUUGAACGGUUGGACCUUCCAAGGUUCAAGGGUCUGAAGAUUUUGAAUGUUCAUGAUUGUGAUAACUUAGUUGAAAUUCAAGGUCUCGAUAGGUUGGAAUUCUUGGAAAGUCUAACAAUCUCUCGGUGCACUUCAAUUGAAAGGCUACUCCUUCCAAAAUCCGGGAGUAUGAAGAUAUUAGAUGCUGAAUUGUGCAAAAAAUUAGCCAAAAUUCAAGGCCUCAAUAUGUUGAAGUUUUUGGAAUUGCUAAAUAUACAAGGGUGCACUUCGAUUGAAAGGCUAGACAUUCCAAAAUCUGGGAGGCUAAAGGAAUUAGAAGCUCGAGACUGCAAAAACUUAGCCGAAGUUCAAGGCCUCGAUAGGUUGCAGUUUUUGGAAAAGCUAUAUAUUCAAGGGUGCACUUCAAUUGAAAGGCUAUAUAUCCGAGGAUGCACUUCAAUUGAAAGGCGAGAACUUCCAAAAUCCGGGAGAAUAAAGGAAUUAGAAGCUGGAGGCUGCGAAAACUUAGCCGAAAUUCAAGGCCUCGAUAGGUUGGAGUUUUUGGAAAAGCUAUAUAUCCAAGGUUGCACUUCAAUUAAAGGGCUAGACCUUCUAAAAUCCAGGAGGCUAGAGGAAUUAGAAGCCGGAGGCUGUGAAAACUUAACCGAAAUUCAAGGCCUCAAUGGGUUGGAGUUUUUGGGAAAGCUAUAUAUACAAGGGUGCUCAUCAAUUAAAAAGCUAGACCUUCCAAAAUCUAGGAGAUUGAAGGAAUUAGAAGCUGGAGGCUGCGAAAACUUAGCCGAAAUUCAAGGCCUCGAUAGGUUGGAGUUUCUGGAAAAGCUAUAUAUCCAAGGGUGCACUGCAAUUGAAAGGCUAGACUUUCCAAAAUCAGGGAGGCUGAAGGAAUUAGAUGCUGGAGGCUGCGAAAACUUAGCCGAAGUACAAGGCCUCAAUAGGUUGGACUUUUUGGAAAAGGUAUAUAUCGAAGGGUGCUCUUCAAUUGAAAGGCUAGACCUUCCAAAAUGUGGGAGACUGAAGGAAUUAAAAGCUGGAGGUUGCGGGAACUUAGCCGAAAUUCAAGGCCUCGAUAGGUUGGAGGUUUUGGAAAAGCUUUAUAUCCAAGGGUGCACUUCAAUUGAAAGGCUAGAUCUUCCAAAAUCAGAGAGGCUGAAGGAAUUAAAAGCUGGAGGCUGUAAAAACUUAGCUGAAAUUCAAGGCAUUGAUAGGUUGGAGUGUUUGGAAAAGCUAUAUAUCCAAGGAUGCACUUCAAAGGAAAGGCUAGAUCUUUCAAAAUCUGGGAGUUUAAAGGAAUUAGAAGCUGGAGGCUGUGAAAAUUUAGAUGAAAUUCAAGGCCUCGAUAGGUUGGAGGUUUUGGAAAAACUUUAUAUCCAAGGGUGCACUUCAAUUGAAAGACUGGACCUUCCAAAAUCUUUGAGGUUGAAGGAAUUAGAAGCUGGAGGCUGUGGAAACUUAGCUGAAAUUCAAGGCCUCAAUAAGUUAGAGUUUCUGGAAAAGCUAUAUAUCCAAGGAUGCACUUCAAUUGAAAGACUAGACUUUCCAAAAUCCGGGAGGCUGAAGGAAUUAGAUGCUGGAGGCUGCGAAAACUUAGCCAAAAUACAAGGCCUCGAUAGGCUGGAGUUUUUGGAAAAGCUAUAUAUCCAAGGGUGUUCUUCAAUUAAAAGGCUAGACCUUCCAAAAUCCGGGAGACUGAAGGAAUUAGAAGCUGGAGGUUGCGAAAACUUAGCCGAAAUUCAAGGCCUCGAUAGGUUGGAGUUUUUGGAAAAGUUAUAUAUCCAAGGGUGCACUUCAAUUGAAAGGCUAGAACUUUCAAAAUCCGGGAGGCUAAAGGAAUUAGAAGCUGGAGGCUGCAAAAAAUUAGUUGAAAUUCAAGGUCUCGAUAGGUUGAAGUUUUUGGAAAAGCUAUAUAUCCAAGGAUGCACUUCAAUUGAAAGGCUAGACCUUCAAAAAUCCGGGUGUCUGAAGGAAUUACAAGCUGGAGGCUGCAAAAACUUAGCCAAAAUUCAAGGGCUCGAUAGGCUGGAGUUUUUGGAAAAGAUAUGUAUUGAAGGGUGCACUUCAAUUGAAAGGCUAGAUCUUCCAAAAUUCGGGAGGCUAAAGGAAUUAGAAGCCGGAGGUUGCAAAAACUUAGCCGAAAUUUUAAGGCCUCAAUAGGUUGGAGUUUUUGAAAAAGCUAUAUAUCCAAGGGUGAUUUUCAAUUAAAAGGCUAAACCUUUCAAAAUCCGAGAGUUAGAGUUAGAAGUUGGAGGCUACGAAAACUUAGCCGAAAUUCAAGGCCUUGAUAGGUUGGUGUUUUUGGAAAAGCUAUAUAUUCAAUGGUGCACUUCAAUUGAAAGGCUAAACCUUCCAAAAUCGGGGAGUAUGAAGAAAUUGAAAGCUGGAGGUUGUAAAAACUUAGCCGAAAUUCAAGGCCUCGAUAAGGUGAAGUUUUAGGAAAAGCUAUAAAUCGAAGGGUGCACUUCAAUUGAAAUGUUAGACCUUGCAAAAUCUGGGAGUCGAAAGAAAUUAAAUGCUAAUGACCGCGAAAACUUAGCCGAAAUUCAAGGCCUUGAUCGGUUGGAGUUUUUGGAAGAUCUGAGUAUCUUUGGAUGCAAGUCACUCAAAACAAUUCUAGAAAUAUCUCAAAUGCGGAUUUAUCAAGAAAAAGCCAUUUCAUAUAGCGGAACAAUAGAAUUUGGAUCAGACUAUACAGAUGACUUGGAUGAGUAAUAUACUGGAAAUGAUUCACAUUUUCUAACAAAGGUACAUAAAACAGGAAUCCGGGGGAGAUGUUCAUGGAAGUUAAUGCGUGCUUUGGCAAAAUGAUUCUCUUGAUCGUGCCAGUAACGGAAAUAGAUGAAAAGGCCUUCUAAGCGCAUCAUUUGUCAUUAGUCUUUGGGAUUCGGUUAUCAUUCCACUGGUUGAUGUAAAUGUUGAUUUAUCCAAGAGAGCUUUCGCGAGGCACUUCUAAAAGGAAUGGAAAUCAUCAAAGGAUCAAGAGCUCGAUGUUUCUUGAACUUCUCCAAACUCUGACAGUGCAUCCUUGGAAUGGUAAAAGUUUUCUCCGCAUGCUCUCGGACUCGAGUGGACUUUCCUCACUCUCUCGCUCUUCCAUUCUCUGUCUCUGCUCUUCAACAGCGUCCAUUCCCUAACUAGCCUCAAGCUUUCCUCUGGGUUUUUGUGCUCUAUCCUUUACAAGUUCUCUUUCAGCUCGCAUCCUCACGAUGUUCCAGCGCUGGUGCUGCAUUUUCGGCUGCUUGUGGAGCUUUUUUACUAUGGAGACCGACGAAGGACCGUAGCGUAUGCUUCCGUUUCAGCUUCAGUUUGACAAACCGCUGGCUUCUGUGGUUUGGCUCCCGGUGUUAUCUUGCGACAAAAUGGGUGCUGGACUUGAUUGUUACGACUCAGUUUUGUGAAGUCUGCUUGAUAUCCGAUUGGCAGGUGAAGAUGGCGAAGUGGAAUCCAGAGAAGGAUUUGCUGGUGAUGGUCACGGAGGACUUGAAGGUGGUCCUUCAUCGCUUCGAUUGGCAGAGGCUGUUGGACAGUCUCCCUUGACAGUCAUUUCGUCGCAUCAUUUUGAUUUAUCAAGUUCGCUGGUGGGAGUUGAACUUACUUGUUAAUAGGAUAUCUCAAGCUAUGCUGCAUGCUUGUAUGACAAUCUGGUUGAGAGGGAUGGAGUUACGAAUUGGAGAAAGCGCAGAGACUAGGAGUAUAGAGGGAGCUGCAUCCAAGUAAAUGUAUAACAUCACCAUGCUGGGGUCCUGAUGGCAAGGUUGUUUGUCUUGGGACUUGAAGAUGGUACGGCUUCACUGCAUGAUGUAGAAGACGCUUCAGGUAACUCUUUGGCAUUUGAAGAUCACACUACUUGUUUCUUCCCUCCAUCUCCGAGAGUUCCUCACAUGCUUGGACUAGUACCCAGAGACAUUGGUUUAACUGACGAUAGUAAAGAUUCAUUCGUAGAGCUCUCAAAUUCUUCAAAGCAACGUUUCAUUAUCCUUGGCAGUGGAGAUAAAGAUGGGAUUUUGUGCUUCAGUAUAUUUGGUGUCUUUCCAAUCGAAAAUGUUACUCUUGGGUUUCUGCUCUGUUCUGGGGAUAUUGAGAGAGACUAUGCAAUCAUCGGUUGGGAAAGUGUUCUGAGAGUGGGCACGCGCAUAGAUAGUUCUCUCUGGGGUAACCAUCAGCAGAUUUAGAAUUUUAGGUACACGGAACUUUCCUGCACAGGAUUCGGUUAUCAUUCCACCGGUUGAUGUAAAUGCCAAAAUAUCCAAGUGAGCUUUCGCAGGGCACCUCUAAAAGGAGACAAAAUCAUCAGAGGAUCAGGAGCUCGAUGUUUCUUGAACUUCUCCAAAGUCUGACAAUGCAUCCACGGAACGGUUUGGAUCUUCAUGCUAAAGUGGAAGCAAUCCGAUGCUUGCUAGCUGAAGUUUGUGGGGUUGAUAAAGAACUUACAGGUUCUUACUAGGGAAGCUGCUGUCAGAGUUUGCUUGGAACAGUUGUAUCCCCUGCGGUCAAAGGUCUCGAAAUAAAAGUUUUGCGAGGCUGAGAUCUUAUUGCUGUUGAUUUUGCUAUUAGAAUGAUGGAGGUUCGUUGGCUGGGUCCGCCCCUUUGUGGGGUUCAGCUAACAUAACAUAAAAGAAGAAGGAAAAGGCCAAAAAGAAAAAAAAGAGAGAGGGGCUGUUCGUAAAGUGAAGAGUGGAGAGGGGGAGAGAGCGAGCGUUACCCGAGAAGAAUGCAGGAGAAGAAGAAAAGGGGCAGCAACUUUCCGGUCCAUACUCGAAGGCCAAACAUUGUAGGAAUUAGCUCAAUUUUCAGAAUGUUGUUUGUCAGACCAAGACCUAUGAGUUGAUCGGGUUUGUUCAUUGAAAACCUCCAAAUUGUCUCUCAUUUUCUCCAAUCGCGGUUAGGGUUUUUAACUCUAUUUUUAUUAAUUCACCUUCGUGGUGAUGAAAUAAUGUUGUAGUUGAGCCUUCAGUGCGUGACUAUGGAAGAACAAUUGUGUAUCCUACUAUUCUUAAUUAUUAGUGAAAGUAUUUGAACGGU